UGGCUGUAAUUCUGAAGCUGACAUGUGUGAGACUAGCCCUUGUCCCCAACCUCACUUUGAGUGCAUCGCAAUUAACAAUGGAUAUGGCUGCCAAUGCCGGAAUAGAGAAAGCUGCCAAAUACAACCCUCUCUUUGCUCCAGCAAUCCCUGCCUCAAAAAUGGUACCUGUAUUGAGAGUGCUGGGCAGUAUACUUGCAAAUGCCAACCUGGCUAUGUCGGGACCCACUGCGAGGAGGAUGUGGACGAAUGUGCCUCCAGCCCAUGCCAGAAUGGUGCCAUCUGCCUGGAUAGAGUCAAUGAGUACAGCUGCUUCUGUGUGCCUGGCUUCCAGGGCUACCACUGUGAGAUAGAUAUCAACGAAUGUGCCUCUCGGCCUUGCCAACAUAACAGCACCUGCCUCAACCAGAUGGACCACUAUGUUUGCCAGUGCCUGCCUGGCUACACAGGUGUGAACUGCGAUGUGGAGAUUGACGAAUGCAUAUCAGACCCUUGCUGGAAUGGUGGCACCUGCCGUGACCACAUUGGGCUCUUCACCUGCUCUUGUAUGCCCGGCUAUGAGGGGUUCCAAUGUGAGGUGGAUAUCGAUGAAUGCCAGAGCCAGCCUUGUCUCAAUGGAGGCACGUGCCAUGACCUGGUCAACAGCUACCGAUGUGAUUGCCAAAACACUGGCUUUGAAGGGGAACAUUGUGAGCUGGAUAUUUUGGAAUGUGCCUCCCAACCAUGCCAGAAUGGUGCAACCUGUCUUGAAGGAGUUGGACGCUACAGCUGUGAUUGCUGGCCAGGGUACGUGGGGGAGCACUGUGAGGAAGACGUGGAUGAGUGUUCCAUAGAGCCCUGCUUCAAUGGUGGCCAGUGCUAUGAAAAAUCCAACCAAAGCUACUAUGGGGAGCACGUGGACUUUCCAGCUCAGUUCAGCUAUCGAGAAGCUGCUGGAUUCAUCUGCAGGUGUCAGCCAGGCUUUGAUGGAGAUACCUGCUCCAUUAACAUUGAUGAAUGUGAAUCCCAGCCGUGCCAGAAUGGAGGGACCUGUGUGGAUCUGGUGAACAGCUAUUGGUGUCACUGCAUGCCAGGGUAUUCAGGUGUAGAAUGUGCCACAGAGAUCAAUGAAUGUGAAGACCAUCCCUGCGAGAAUGGAGGUGCCUGUGAAGAUGGCAUUGCUGACUACAUCUGCCAUUGCAUCCCUGGUAAAGGUGGCAUUACUUGGGGUGGGAAGAACUGCUCUGUGGAGCUCACUGGAUGUCAGGCCCACCACUGUCAAAAUGAGGCCUUGUGUGUCCCUACCUACAAGUCUGAAACCCAUGGAUACCAGUGCCAGUGCCAGCCUGGUUUUUAUGGCUCCACGUGCUCCACAUCAACAACCUUCUCCUUCUCCUCAAGAACCUAUCUCUUCAUUAACCUGUCAGCAGACCACAAAAGCCCAAGUGAUACCUCAGAGGGUUAUCUAUCUGCUGUUGCCCUCCGGUUCCGAACCACCCUUCCUGAUGCUGUCCUCAUCUACCGAGGUCACAAAGCAGAGCACCUAUUGCUGGAGCUCUCGGGUGGCCUUGUACGUGUAACCUUGAUGAUGCAGGAUGCUGUGUCCUCUCUCAUCCUGGAGGCACCACGGGUGGAUGAUGGCUUCUGGCAUAAUGUUGAGGUCCGGUUGCAAGAUUCCCUUGAACUCAGGCUGUGGCAUGAAGACUGCCAUGCAAGCAUCUGUCGGCAGAGCUUUCCUCUUGCAGAGUCAUUCUCAAAUUCCUUGUUGCUCUCCUCAGAAAUAUACAUUGGAGGAACUGAUGUGAAGUUAAUGACUAACCCUAUGCAGAGUUUCAUUGGUUGCCUGGAAGACCUGUAUGUUGAUUCGAAGGUUGUCCUAACACAAGAGGUGAUUGGAUUGCAAUCCUCCGGAGUCCAGCUAGGUUGCGAGAGGACGGAUUGGUGCCACACCCAGCCUUGUUCACAUGGUGGCCAGUGCGUUGACCUUUGGGCAGACUACUACUGUAACUGUUCUCGGCCUUAUGAAGGCCACACAUGCUCAUUUGAGUCUCCAACAGUAACUUUCGGACUAGAAAACUCUUCAAGCUUCGCUACCUUUGCAAUUAGCAACAGCCUAGGGGCAAAUUUUAAUCUUUCAUUUUUCAUCCGGACUUUGAAGCCCAAGGGUUUGGUGUUUCAAAUUAGCAAUGGGACAGAAACUUUCCUUGCAGUUUACCUGAUGGAUGGGCAGCUCCAGAUAGAGGCAUCAACUGCUGCUCCCAUCAGCAUCCCUGGAGGCCUGGCCAAUGGCAGGAGACAUUUCGUAAUGCUUUCCUUCCAUGAAGGUUUUGUUCAUGCCAGCCUUUUAAACAGAGAGGAAGACCUGGGACCUCUGAAAGUGACUCCACUAGCAGCUGGGUCUGAGAUUCAUGUGGGUGGACUCCUGGAUGAAGACAGUGUGUCCCUCUGGGGAGGGUAUUUUAAAGGUUGUCUUCAGGAUGUCCGACUCAACCACCACCAGAUGCAGUUCUUCAGCCCUGAAGGUGACAGGCCAGAAGAACUUUAUGUGGAACAAACCACUAAUGUUUUCCUGGGAUGUAUCUCAGAUGAUACUUGCAAGCCUGAGCCAUGUUUCAAUGGUGGUCACUGUACUGUCACCUGGAAUGACUUUAUCUGUAGCUGCACUGCUAACUUCACCGGGAAGAGCUGUGAGGAAAGAGUUUGGUGUGAAAGUGAGCCAUGCUCUCAAGCUACAACCUGUGUGGAUGUCCCUUCUGGCUAUGUCUGCCUGUCGAGUGCCACGUUUCAUGGGCACAAUGCAGUCGAAUUCACCACCAAUGCAUCUAUAACAAGAGCCCUUCACAGCCUCCGCUUGGAUUUCAGAACACGGGAUGAAGAUGCCGUCUUGCUGCGGGCUGUGCAGGAGGUGGAUUCUCUCUUGGUGGCUGUCCAGAACUCUUCCCUGCUGGUAGAGAUCAGGAGUGGGAAUGGCAUUGAGGGAGUGAACUUUCUCAGUCAGAUGUCCAUCUCAGAUGGCUCUUGGCACAUGCUCGUUCUGUCUAUGGAAGAAUCCUCAGCUCUUUCCUCAAGAUGGCACCUCUAUUUGGAUGGAUCCAUGAACAUAACCCUACAGGGGCAUGCUGGGAGCCUGGACUUCAUAAAAAAUAAUGCAAUUAUCAUCCUAGCUGAAAAUUUCACCGGCUGUCUUGGACAUGCUGACAUAGGGGGUGUUUUCCUGCCACUUGCUGCCCACGCCUCAUACCCGCAGCCAGAGCAGUUUCUGCAACUGAGCAAUAAGGCACCCCUUCUGGGCUGCUUGGGGGCGAACGUGUGUGCCUCCAACCUGUGCCACCAUGCUGGCUCCUGCCAGGAUCUGUUCAAUGCUUUCCGCUGUGUUUGCAGUGCUGGGUGGGAAGGGCUGCUCUGCGAGGCCAACAUUGACGACUGCAGCUCCAGUCCCUGCAUUCAUGGGAAGUGUGUUGAUGAAGUGGCAGAUUUCCAAUGCGAGUGUGACAAAGGCUAUAUUGGGAAGCGCUGCCACAUCAAUGUUGAUGACUGCAUUCGACACCAGUGCCAGAAUGGAGGGACGUGUGUGGACGGGGUCUACAGCUAUACCUGCAAGUGUCCACCACAAUACACAGGUCCUCACUGCGAGUGGCCAUUCCCACCCGAGCAAUGUGGCAAGAACUUCACCUGUUUGAACGGCGGCAAAUGUACAAGUGGGCCUUGGGGAGCCAACUGCACCUGCAAGCCUGGCUAUGCUGGCAGAAAGUGCCAGAUUAACAUCAAUGAAUGUGACCCCAAUCCCUGCCAAAAUGGGGGGACCUGCCAGGAUUCAAUAAACCGAUACCGAUGUGUGUGCAGUGCCAGCUACACUGGAGAGCGUUGUGAUGUUGAUCGACCAGCGUGGGCCCAACUCAGCAGCUCCACACUGGUGGGAGCGGUGGGAGCAGCAGGGGCCGCUGUCCUCAUCACCAUCUUUGGCAUAUCAGUCAUUGCCAUGAAGAAGAGGAGGGCGACUCAAGGGACCUACAGUCCAAGCCGCCAGGAGAAGGACGGGGCAAGGGUAGAGAUGUGGAACGUGAUCAAGCUGCCACCGAUGGAGCGGCUGAUCUGAGCGC